GACAGGAAAGAAAAAGUUUGGGACACAAUAGUGCGGUUUAGACCAGGUACUAGCCGUUAUUUCCACCGAAGGAGAAAGAUCAAAACGUGAUGAUAGUAUUUUGACAAUGAGCCAAUAUACGAGUGAAUAUCUUCAAGAAAAGCUCCAAAAGGAGUUCAACCCCAUUCAUUUGGUAAGAGAAAAAGUGUUGCCUAGUUUGUAGUACGUAUGUCCUUUCGUAAUCGCUGAUAAGCUAAUUUAAGAAAGAUCGAGAUUUCGCAUUGUGUCGAAUGGUUGAAAAAUAUUUUUCCAGACAUGAAUGGCAUCAAUGAGUAAUCGAUGAGUAAUCAUUGAAGAGUCAACUGAUUAGUCAUUGAUUAUUUGCUAUAAUCGAUGGGUAAUCGAUGACUAGUCAAUGGUCAAAAUUUUUGUGGCCUAUCGGAUGCUCAUUGAUCAAUGUAAUCGAUGAGUAAUUGAUGCGUUCGAUUACUCAUCGAUUAUCUAAUGAUUGUCCAUCGAUUAGUCAUUGAUUACACAUCUCAUACAAUUUCUAGCAAUUUUUUUUCUUAACUUAUUUUCGGUGAUAAAAAUUUAUGUCGAUAGUUCUUGAUUAUAAUAACAGCCAAAUAGGAAUUGAACUUGCAUGUAGAAAACCAGAUUAUGGGCCAUGACAAAAACAGAAUGGCAAAUCAAAUUUAUUUAUUGGACAGUAACUGAAAUAUCAAAAAUAAGAUGUUCAGAAGGUCGAGUCAUCUGUCUUACUCUCUGGGCUAUUAGAGUCUGUGUCUUUGUUGAGAAACGCAGCCACCUCAGAGUGCCUACCAGGUAAAAAGAUCAUGCAUAAAUAAGCUUGUAUUGUGAUAUUUAUGUCAGAGAAGUCUUUGUUUCUUUAUUUUUGAUUUGGUAUGGUUUGCGUACCCAUGAGAUUAUACUGAUAAUUAAUCAAUGACUAAUCGAUGACUGAAAAUUUUGUGGCGUAUCGAUUAUUCAUUGAUCACUCAAUAAUUAUGAAUAUCGGAUAUAAUCAAUGACUAAUCAACUGAUUAUCCACUGCUUGCCUACUGAUUACUCAUUGGUUUUAUUGAUGUCAUUGAUGUCACCGAUUAGUUACGUCUGGAUUUUUAUAAAAUUCUCAUUUUGCAACUUAAAAUGACCUAAUUUUCCAGCACUUUGUAAUUUAGAACUUAAAAAUAACUGGAUUUCUCUGAUACUUGUUUUCUGUUAAGAAAGUAGAGUAUGUAUUGCUGUGAUUUAAGGUUAUUCUUAUAUGCCAUCAUAAUUCAUUUUAUAGUCUCAGAUAUAGUCAGUUUUGCCAAAAUUUACAGAGCUGAAUAGAUAGACUGGUGAAGAGCGGCCCUCUCUCCUCAUUAACAUGAAUCCUGCUGCAAAUAGUGCCAUUUUAGUUAAGCCCUGACAGAUGGGAUUAGGAAUUGGAUGGGUGACCAGUUGAAAACAGUCUUUAAUCCAUUGGGGGCUGGGGAGGAACAAAGUUCAUUGUGGGUUUGCCUCCGUUUAACACAAAGGUAGAUUUCAGGGAAAUAAGCCAGGUUUUGAUGGCUAAAAGCCGAAGCAAAAGGCAUUUGUGACAAGCAUGGUCAAGAAUAUCGAUCACCGGCAACAGGCAACCCCCUCAGAUGGUUUAUGUCACAAUGUUUUCAUGGGCCGAUUUAUCUCUAUAUAUUAGACCAUGUUUUCCUCUGAAAAUGGAAGCUUGGGACCAUCCACAAGCACAUUCAAAAAUAAAAUAUAAGAAAUCAAAAAAGAAAACUAACAAUCAUCAUUAAAAGGUCAAAAUUACCAUUAUUAGGUUUUUAGGUUUUACUGAGUAAUUUGUGGGACUUGAAAACCUUAUUUCAUUUUUCUCUGUCAUUAGGAAGUUGCUGAUCUCUCAGAUGGCUGUGGUGGAAAGUUCUCUGUAGUCAUUGUAUCUGACAAAUUUGAAGGAAAGCCACUUCUUGCACAGCACAGAAUGGUGAAUGAUUGCUUAGCAGAGGAGUUAAAAGACAUUCAUGCACUUACUAUAAAAACAAUGAAACCUGCACAAUGGGAAAAACAGAAGGCAUCUUAAUGUAAAGUCAUCAUCAUUGAAGUUGUCAUCAUUGGCAGUUGGAAAAAUGCGGUUUGGAUCUGUUACAAGAGGAAAGCUAGUUACUUGGACUCAGUGUGCUUGCUGCUUUUUUUGGCCCGUAGCCCAUAGUCAUUAUGUUCUACAACAAGUAAAUAAAAGUUGAUAUUUUUUCGGUGAGGAACAUUUAUCAAGUUCUUUCUUUCAUUACUAACUGCUAAUAUACAAAAUGGUGAUUUUAACUGACAUUGAUGUCUUGUAUUGAAAGGGUUUAGACCCAGGGGCCCCACUCACAUAUUUUAAUGGGGGGGUCCGAAGGAUUUUUUUGGGUCUGAUAUUCUGGCCAAAAGGGAUUUUUUUGGGUCUAUGAAAGACGCCGGGAUUUUUUGGGGUCGCGAAAACAACGCAGGGAUUUUUUUGGGUAUUGUAUUUUUCAUCAGCUCAAAUCAACAAUAACAUAAGUGCAAUUUACUGCUUGUGUGAUAUUGCGGGAUAUUUCUGAGAUUGUAAUCUAUUUGGAAAGUAAUUAGCGGCACUCCACGCGCAUCUAAUCCAGAGAGAAAUAUUCAAUAGGUCACGUAAUUCAAGGCCUUUCAAGCCAGUCAUCAAGACCACAAUGGAAACACUGUAUACAAAGUAAACAUUUUAUGAAUUAGAUGUUUACCCGCUGAUAUAUAUCUAUUAUCAAAUGAUCACGUUGCUAUGUAAAAAUAAAGGCAAGGAAAACUGAUUUUGUAAACUAAACUCAAACUGGGAGUCAAUGCUGUUGAGUUCCAGCAAGAGCUAAGAGGUCCAGUCAGUUGUGAUCUCAUUUUUGUUGUAUGAAGAAGUUCCCUUGAAAAUAUUGGUAACAUAACAUCAAGCUUGCCAAAGUGGUUUAUGAACCCAUACAAAGAUGUGUCGCUGACUCAGUUAUUUCAGAGGAUAAAUAAUAA